AUGAUCAAUUUAUCGUCGGUAGACAUGGCUCAUGAGGAAGGUGAUUUCUUACAUGGAACUUUUCCCAAUCAUUUCAUGUGGGGCGCCGCCACCGCAGCAUACCAGAUCGAAGGAGCUUGGAACGAAGAUGGAAAAGGCCCGAGUAUCUGGGAUGCCUUCGCACACCAACCGGGGAAUGUUUACAAGAACCAAAAUGCCGACGUAGCAUGUGACAGUUACCACAAGAUUAACGAAGAUGUCGCUCUUUUGAAAARCCUCGGUGUCAGCCAUUAUCGAUUCUCGAUUUCUUGGUCUCGAGUUCUUCCUCAAGGUCGAAUCGAUCAUGUCAAUCCACUGGGUUUGAAAUACUACAGAAAACUUAUCGAGAAACUUCAGGAAAAUAACAUCCAGCCCGCCGUCACUCUAUAUCACUUUGAUAUGCCUCAGGCCUUACAAGAGAUAGGGGGCUGGUUAAACCCAGGGAUCGCUAAGUUGUUUGGAGACUAUUGUCGGCUUUGUUUUGAACAAUUUGGUAAMGACGUUAAGCUUUGGUUCACCAUAAAUGAGCCACAUGAAGAAGCUCUGUGUUCGUAUGGUACUGGGACAUUUCCACCGGGAGUAAAGGACAUGGAAAAUGGACCCUAUAAAGUUGCCCACAACAUGCUCUUGGCUCACGCUACAGCAUGGCACAUCUAUGACACGGAGUUCCGUGCUGACCAGAAAGGCAGAAUUACAAUUGUCCUCAACACUCAAUACUUUGAUCCUAAGACCGACCGAGAGGCUGAUAAACAGGCAUCAUAUCGAGGUAUGGAGUGGUAUUUUGGUUGGAUUGCUCAUCCUGUUUUUAAAGGAGAUUAUCCACAAGUCAUGAAAGACAGCAUUGCUGAAAAAAGUCGCUCGAAAGGGCUAUUGUGCAGGUUACCAAGUUUCAGCGAAGAAGAAAAAAAAUUUGUGAAAGGGACAGCAGAUUUUGUUGCCCUGAAUUUUUACUCCGCAACAGUGGUGGAACACAAUGAUGAAUUGGCAAAAGACCCCCAUACCGUAUGGAAUUAUGACACUGAUCAGGAAGUUAAGAAAACCAGAAAGUCCCACUGGAUAAAAGGUGGAGCAGACUGGUUAUUCUGUACACCUUACGCCAUCCGCAACCUUCUGGUUUGGAUAAAAGAAAACUACGGCAACCCAGAAAUUGUCAUCACAGAAAAUGGGUUCAGCUGUAAUGGAGAGGAUAAACUUCACGGUGCAGACGCUCAAAACGACACGGAUAGAGUCUGCUACAUCCGACGAUACUUAAAUGAGUGCAUGAAGGCUUGUAAUAUCGACGGAGUUGAUCUGAAAGGGUAUUUCGUGUGGUCUUUGAUGGAUAACUUCGAAUGGGAUGAUGGYUAUAGGCAGCGCUUUGGGAUUCACUGGGUUGAUUUUGAAGACGAGAGGCGAACAAGAAUACCAAAGAAAUCUGCAGAGUUGUAUCAAAAGAUAAUAAAAUAUMAUGGUUUUCCAAAGGAUUAAUACAAGAUUUAUAGAGUUUGGCUUUUAUUUGUAAUUUUCAGUAAUUUUUAAAUGCAAACUAAACAAAGCAACAUCAUGUUUCCUUGGAGAUAUGCUAUCCUCCUCCAUCUUGCUCUUCCAGUUUUGAUAUAUAAUGGGUUGCCUGUGGAAAUAUAGGGAAUGGCUUACUCUAACACUGGAAGACUGGGAGAAAGAGAGACCUGUGGAGUAGGCAAGAGAUCAUCUAUGCUACCAACAAACAAAACAUCAACAAGUGCUUUUAAGUGACAGGUUUCUAGAGCAAAACCAGUUACAGGAAAAUGAUUUACAUAUGAUAUUGAAUGAUAUUGAUCUUGUGGAAUUCAAGAGCAAAAGUAAAGGGAUAUUUAGCAUUUUUGAUAACAUAACAGAAUGGUGUGAAAUCACAGAUACAGUAGCAUUCAUCAUUUUGGUAAAAGACCUUGGCUUNAUGUUUGUCCAAUAAUUCUUUGUUGUCAAUCGAGGCCAAAUGGAGGCAUGAUAGCAGUUAAAUAACAGCCCAAGCGUCUAAAAUGGUGCAACGAUUUAUUGCACAAGCCAAUGAGGUCUAUCAUUCCUAUUUUCCUGAGUUUGUUAAGCAUCUAAAAAGACAGGAUGUUUUGAGCUGAAACUUUKCACUUAGUUAAUGGCCUAAGACUGAAAUAAGGCAGUACGUAGUCCUCAAUAGAACAUUCUUCCAUUUCUCCAUAGUAGUGAUUAUGCU